CAACGAGCUGCACGCGUAAACGGUCGUUUGCUAAAAGAUAUAAUGCUGCGUUUUUUGAAAGAUAUAAUUAAAAACGAGGCGUUGAACAAGAAAUACGACAGUUUAAUAAAUUAACAAAUACAUCUAAUAUUUUUAAAAGAAAAAUAAAAUUGUAUCUGCUAAAAUCUCAUUACGAAAAUUUCCUCUUCGGAUCUUUUCAACAAGGCAUGUCUGGAAUAUUUAAUUUCCUUUAAAAACUACAUUUGGAAUUCUCGUCGAACGCCAUUGUUUUGUCUGUUCGUUUAAAAUUAAAAGAAAACAAGCAUUAAUGUGGGAUUCGGUGCCCAUGCGUUUGUGUGUGUUUAAGUUUAAACGAAAAUCAAAAAGAAUACUAAAACGGAUACAAAAUAAAAGUGAACAGAAAGAAAAUGCUGUCUAGAUAAUUCAUAGUUGUUGUUUUUAGUGUUUCUAAAGUAAGGUUGCAUUUUGUGUAUUGGAUAUAAAAAUGCAAUAAAAUUACAAAAAAGAAUGAAAAGAUACAUAAAAAAAUCAAAAUUUGCACUAAAGAAAAUCUAUACUUAAUAAAAAAUUGCACAACAAAAUAAAAAUAUAUAUUUUUCUUUCAUCCGUUUGAAUUGAUAGAAAGUAAAAAUGUUAGUUCAUUCAAACGCAUCCUCUACGCCUACUCCUGGCUCUAGUUCUUCAACUAGUAACACAUUGGAGCCAGUCACCACCUCUACUAAUUCAUCGUCGUCACAAUUACAUCAGCAUUUACAACAAUCAUCGUCUUCAACGUUUUCUCUCCAACAACCACAGCAAAAACAACAAAUGGGUUGUACAUCUACUUUGAAUUCACGACCCCCAUCGCGUGCUCCUUCUAUAUUGGAUAGUCCAACAUUGGCACGUGUGGAACGUGCCAGGUUAAGAUUGGAAGCUUCCGCCCAACACCAAAAUUUGAAUGAUAGUUGUGGUAGUAUAAUAAAUACUCUUAACGGCGAAGAUAGCCUGGAAAGAGCUAUAUUAGAUCCAAAUAAGAAAGAUGUGCCGUGGCACCAAGUAUGGACUCAUAUGAAACGAUUAUCUCAUACCUCCAAAGUAAAUUCAACCACAACAUUGUGUGCACAGAAAACUGAUAGUGCAGUGACUGGGAAGUCAAUAAUAUUUCCAGAUAAAACUGUCUCAUUGAAAGAUACUAUGUGUGCUCAUCAAGUGUUUACAAGGCCAGAUAUGCAAUCCUUGUUGGCAGGACGCGUACCCGUAUCCUCAAUGACGGGUCCAAUUAAACGUGGACUUUUGUGGCAACAACGGGAUCGUUUAUUUUCACGUUGGAAGGAAAGAUAUUUUAUUUUGACACGUGACUAUCUUCAUUGUUUUAAAAGAGCAUCAGGUUCGGCAAAUGACCGAGCCUCUGACAUGGGGCAAUUUAUAUUUAAGGUCAAACUAGUUGACGUUGAAAAGGUGGAAUGGCUAAAUCGUCGUUCAUAUAGUGCGAUUGGUUUGCUACUUGGCAGGGAAGGAAGAGUUUUACUACGUUGUGAUGAAGGUCUCGAAGAUUGGUUUGAGCUGCUAGAGGAAUGUACGAUAACUUCUAAGGAACGUCGCAAAGCACUUAAAAUAGCUCAAGGUCCUAGAUCACGAGCGUCAUUAGCCGCUCCAGUAUCUCAUGCUUCAUUGCAAAGUAAUCAUUUUGGCUUAGGUGGCACUUAUUCCAGUGCCUUGGACGAUUGGCUUAUGACGAAUGGGAGUGGCAUGGGUGGAGUUAGAGGUCAAAAGUUGGUCACGAAUAGUAUGUGUGGUUAUGGAGGCACGAACCCUUUCUUAUUUUCUGAUUCGGUACCAGAUUUAAGUGUUUUAAAUAAUGAGAACCAUAAUCACAGUAGUGGCUUGUCAACAAAUCAUUCGACUCCUCAGAAAAUACCAUAUUCAGCUAGUAGCAACAGCAGUCGUUACUCGAAUGGUUAUACCUCACAAAAUAGUUCAUUUUCUAAUUGCAAUGGUUUGUAUGGCUCACCUCGGCGUAUAUUUAUAAACAGUAGCUUCGGUUCGACACAUAUCGUCGAUGAAGAGGCUGAAGAUGGUGAAGUAGAAUUGAGACGUCCUCGCAUUUUCCGACACAUGAGUACAGAAAAUGGUAACGAAUUGGAUCGUGAUUGGUUAUAUCGUAAGCCGAAGGCCCCAACAGAUAUGCGACAUUCAGUACAACCCAUGUUGCCGACUCACAAUAACACUUCUUAUAAUAAACAAAUUUCGGAUCUGGACUAUUCUGCGCAUGACAGUGGACUCGAUACUCCACCAUCUACACACCGUCCGUCUAGUUAUCGCGAACCACCACAACAUAAUAGUCAUGCCCGUGCAUCACCAAGAGACUCAACAGAAACCUCCGUAUCAUCCUCCCGUGGAACCAUGUUAAAUUCUCCUGGUGGUAGUUUUCGAGCUAAACAAGUGCGUCAAGUCUCUAAUUUAAAUCAAGUUAAUGCUCUUCAUGGAUCUCGUUAUAGUGUUCAAGAGCGAGUUUUAAAAAUUCGUAACGAAGAAGAGCAUUGUACCUCGAUCAAAUCGUCAAAUCGCAUGAACCACAACGAACUGUAUGAUCCCAAUCAAAAUCGUUACUAUAAGAACGGCAAUCAACCACCCACAUCGAUGACACCACAAAAUACUCCUGUAAAAAUGCAACAGUUACAUUCUCACAAUCUUCAAAUGCAAAAUCAGUAUCAAACUGCGAAUGGUAAUGGUAACGUCAAUACUGUUAACAAUAAUAACAAUUCUAUUAAUGUGCAGAAUGGUUCCGCUAUAUUCCGCGAACGUUAUCAACAUCCAGCUUUGGCGGCUAUAAUUAAUGAAGCUCAGGGUAUGAAGUUCCGAGAUCGUUCUUAUUCCGACUGUCAGCAAAUGCCGUUACGACGCAGUGUUAAUAACAAUCCAUCACCCCUAACCAAUAGGAGAAAUCACGUAAAUCCAAUAUUUGGAACACCAACUCGAGUAUAGCUGAUUCAAAUUUAGACCUCAAAAGAAGUGGCAAAAAUUAAUGCAGAUAAAUGCAAAAAUAUUAGAGACCAUUUUUAAAAUAUUUGUAUUUUAAUGGGUAUAAAACAGGUAAUAGUAAAUACAUGUAUAUGUAUUUAUUUAUAAAUAAAUACGUACCAUGAUAAUAAUUACUUUAAAAAUUAUAUAAAUACGUAAAAUCUACAUACAUAUAUGUACAUGUCUAUCGUCACCCUAAUAUAAAAAAGAAGUAUCUAAAAUUUGUUUUCCAAUAACUUUUUUAAAUUUGUCAGACAAAAACUCUUUAAUAAAUAAUUUCCUUUAUAUUAAAUACCGAUUUUUAAUAAGAUUUCAUUCACCAUACUAUAAUUAAAAUGUUUGCCUUUUUUAUAUUAAGGUGACGAUAUGUAGAAAAUAUACUUAUGCAAACUAUGUAUACAUAUUCAGUUUACAAAUAAACUAAAAAGUAAUUGUUUUAUACAUUUAUUAUAUUAAUAUUAUAUACAUAAAUCGAAUUAAUUUAGUAAUUAUAAUUAUUGCUCACAUUUUCAUCUGAGCUUUCGAAAAACCCUGGCAAUAAAGUCUGGUGGUUUGAGCUUUAUUUAGUAUGUCUUCAGAUGAAAAACUGUAAAAUUUCCAAUGUGUUAUUCUAACAUUUAAAAAUUAGAUAGAUUAGUAUGCAUAUUGAACCAUUGGUAUCAAUUAUAAACAUAAACGAAUAUUAUUUCUUAUUUAAAAAUCGACGUAAACAAAUACAAACUGUGAAAUAAAAUAUAAUUAUCAAAUAUGUAUAAAUUUUAUACUACUUUAAGUUUUGUUAAUGAAAAAAUAAACUUAAAUAAAAAUACUUAAAAAUACUCUUUCCCGAAAAUAAAUUAAAACUUUAUUCUAUACUAUAAAUAUUACCAAACACCAAAUAUUAAAAUUAGUAAAUUAGUAACGAGUAAUUUGUAUGUUCUUUAUUGCAGUAUUGUAUUAUGUUACUCAAAAUAUAGCAUAGUCGAAGUUAUAACUUGCAUAGAACAGAAAUGAAAGCUAUAUCAUACAUACAAAAUGUAAAAUCCAAAUAAAUCUCAAUAUAACAAUGCACAUACAUAUAUACAUAAAGUAUUAUUAAAAAAAUGCGAAUAUAUUGCUUUCGAUUUGGGUAUUUUAGUCAGAAGAAAGAAAUGCCAACAUUUAUUUAUACAAUAUGUAUUAGUAUUGCAAUACUUUUUUUUUAUUUUACAAAUGUCUUUGAUUUACUCAAUAGAAAACCAGUA